AUGGAAGCUGUAAUGCUUCGGUCGCUGGUCACGGUCGAGUCGGCCCCAGCAACACUUGAGACUGCCCCUUUGAGACCGCCCUCUCCCCCAGCCAGGGCUAUUCCAAGGACCUACCCAGCCGUUCCGCAACAAGAUGACUCUAUUGAGCUGCAACGUAUUCGGCGUCCGGCUACCCAUACGGGCGGGCCCACCAGCAGCACCCCGGUAGACGUGAGCGAGACCGAAGAUCUCGAGAUGAGCCGACCGGCUACUCCGUCCAAUGAGCCCGAUGACAGUGUAGAGGCCCUCCAGGGUAUCUGGGACCCGUACAUGAAUCGCUUUAGACUGUUGUCAGCAUGUUUAAUGAACUUUGGCAACGGUCUCAAUGAUAGCGCGCCCGGAGCGCUCAUUCCUUACAUGGAAAAGCACUAUGACAUUGGCUAUGCUAUGGUCUCUCUUAUUUUCGUGGGAAAUGCCAUCGGUUUCAUCACAGCGGCUGUCUUCCUCGAUAGCUUGCGUGAGAGAUUGGGGCGAGCCAAGACUCUGGCCUUUGCACAGUUGUUGAUGCUAGCCGGCUACAUUCCCGUCGUCUGCACUGCACCCUUCCCGGUCAUUGUGGUCUCUUUCUUCUUGGUGGGCUUUGGCAUGUCAGUCAACCUGGCGAACUGCAAUCUGUUCUGCGGCAGUCUACAAAGUGCGACAACCGCCCUCGGCGCCAUGCAUGGAAGCUAUGGCAUUGGAGGCACGAUCGGCCCCCUGAUUGCUACGGCCAUUGUCACACUCGGCGGAACGGUCUGGAGCCGUUACUACCUGUUGACCCUUGGUCUAGCAGUGCUCAACACGAUCUUUGCAACGUGGGCGUACUGGCAUUACGAUAGAGAACUCGGCGUGCCCACACCGGCAGCAGCCAGACAAGACGCGUCCUACGACCAAGCCCGCAUGGCCGGAAUGUUCACAGCCUUCUCCUCUCGUGUUGUGCUACUCGGUGCACUCUUCAUCUUCGCCUAUCAAGGUGCCGAGGUCAGUAUUUCGGGUUGGGUCAUCUCCUUCCUCAUCGCAGCUAGGAAAGGUGAUCCCAAUACUGUGGGUUAUGUCACCGCUGGUUUCUGGGCGGGUAUCACUGUUGGUCGCUUCGCCCUCUCUGCACCGGCACAUAAGGUUGGUGAGAAGCUCUUCGUAUACUGCAUGGUGAUUGGCGCCGCCAUCUUCGAGCUCCUCGUCUGGUGGGUACCAAACGUGAUCGGAGAUGCCAUCUCCCUCGCCAUUGUUGGUCUUCUCCUUGGUCCUAUUUACCCCUGUGCUGCUGCGGUAUUCAUGCGGACCAUGACCCGCUCCGAGAAACUGUCUGGCAUGGGAGUGAUCUCAGCCUUUGGAUCAAGCGGAGGCGCAGCCGCACCUUUCACCACCGGUAUCCUGGCGCAGGCUGUGGGAACCUUUGUCCUUCAUCCCAUCGCGAUCGCUCUGUUUGCCGUGAUGAUGGUAUGCUGGUAUGGCAUUCCCUCCACCAGGAAGAGGAACGAGUAG